UCGCGCAGGCGCAGUACCGCCAUGGCGGGCGGGGGCACCGCCGCGCGCGUGCUGGGGCGCGCCGCGGGGUGGGGGCGGCCGCUGGGCCCCGAGGAGACGCUGGGGCUGCUGGAGGCUUCUGUGGUGCACCGGGAAGGAGCCCUGCUGGCGCUGAGCAAGCCCCCCGGCCUGCCCGUCCUGGGGCGCCCCGGGGAGCUGAGCCUGGUGCUGCUGCUGCCGGCGCUGAGACGACGCCUGGGCCUCCCCGCUGAGCUCCACGUGGUGAAGGCUCCCGCCAGAGCUCCCACGACCCGCAGGGAGUGUUCCGGCCUCGUCCUCCUGUCCGGCUGCCACCACGCCACCGAGCGGCUCCAGCGGUUCUUUGCCGAUGCCCGUCGGAGAGGCCGGUACCCCACCACGUACCACGCCGUCACCGUGGGGGUCCCAGCGGAGGCGGAGGGCGAGAUCCGCGCCGGGCUGCGCUGGCAGCAGCAGGGUGACACCACCGUGGUGGUGCCGGUGUUGGCUCCAGGACGCCGCAGCCUGGCCAGGAAGGAGGUGAAGAGCACCCUGACGCACUACCGGGUGCUGGGGGCCGCAGGGGGCUGUGCCCUGCUCCAGCUCCAGCCCCGGACAGCCUUCCCGGAGCAGCUCCCGGUGCACCUGACGUUGCUGCUGUGCCCGGCCCUGGGCGACCACAAGCAUUCAUCCCGUGUGGGCAGGGUGCUGGGGGUGCCAUUCCUCCUGCCCCCCGAGGCUGCCCCGACCCGCACGCAGAUGCUGGACGAGGAGCUGCUGUGCCGGCUGGGGAUCUCCCCGCGGCAGCUCCACCGCCUCCCGCUCCACCUCCACCUGCGGCAGCUGGUGCUGCCCCAGGGCCCGCUCUGUGCCCCCCUGCCCCCCCCCUUCCUGCGCACCCUGCGCCGCUUGGGGCUGCCCGGGCACCGGGAGCCCCCUGCAACCCGCUCCCCUCUGCCACCCCAUUAAAUCCUACCUGCUGCC